AUGGGUUGUGCCAGCAGCACUCCUAUGAUUGCCACGGCUGGCAGUGAUAUUUUGAAGGCAGCUACACAUGCUGCCUCAGAUGCAGCGAAAGGUGCUGAGCAUGCCGUAGAAGAGGUGGCCGAAAACGUUGGUAAAACGCUCGACAGCGCCAAAGAGUCAGUUGGCACUGCAGUAACAGGUAUUGCACAUGAGUUGGGUAAUGUUUUUACCGAGAAGACCGGUGAAUUAGACACAGCGAAAAAUCAACUUUUGGAACGAUUGCAUUUGGGCGGUGGUGCCACCAAAGCUUUAGAACAUUCAAGUGAAGCAACACUCAAUCAACUGGAUACGGCAGCUUUAGAAGCGGUCGGUCGCGCACCGACACCACCACUCGACUUGGAUAGUUUGAAAACAUCAACACCCGAGCCAGAAAUCGAACAGGCAAUGGCCAAUUCGCAUGAGGAUACACCACCAACACCCAAACCGACAAUUGCAGAACUGGAAAAGUUAAGAGCGGAAGUGAAGCAGACAGCACAGACAACAAUGGCAGCAGCGACAGCGACAACAGUCACGGAAAGUCACCUCGCCGAGGGAAAUCGUGCGCCAGCGGAGGCGUCAAGUGGAACAACUGCGGCCACUGAACCGGCCGUGGACAUUGCUGCUCGGUUGGCAGCGGAGAAACGUCCCGGCACCACCGAGUGGGAGAAACAUGCCGAUCAUCUAUCGAAAACUCGUAAAAUGAAUGAAUUCAAAGGUGGAGGCAAAUUUCGACGUUUUGGCCCGCCCACAGCACCACUAGCGCACUAUCCCAAACCCAUCGAGAAUAUGAAUAUAAAACGCGCGCUACUCGAAGACGACAGCUGCUACAGCGACGCCUAUUACAACAGUCAAAGCAGUCCGACAAAUUCCGACAGUCCAAAGGUACGGCGCGCGCGUCUACCAAUCAACGGCGUGCUCGCCACAAACGCCAAGCGCAUGCAGCGAGAAUUCGCAACAUUUGUAAGUAAUCGCCGCUCCACCACAGCCGGCGCCUUACGCUCGCUCACAGUUUCACCAGCAUUCGGUCGGCGAUUUGACUACAAUCCGCAACGUACGCGUAUCCCAUCACCAACGCCUUCGUUGCUCGCCUACACACGCGCUGGCUACUCCAUGCCAAUGCUGCUGAACCCUGAACUGUUGCCCAACGCACGUACGGCGAAUUGGAAAAGAGGUUUGGCAAGCGUGCGCGUAGUUUCGCCGCCACCACUAGGCGGGCAUGCGUCGCGAGUUAGUUCACUUACAGAUGCACCAUUAGCGACUAAUGCAAUACCACAAACAAAGCUGACAUCGACAAGAGCAUUUGCGCCGCUAAGGGGGGAAAAGAUUGCGGGGCGCACGAGAAUAUUUGGGCAAACGCGCUCUGGCUCACCAGUAAAUAGAAGAUUUAGCAUAACAAAGACAACACAAAACAAUACAAUACAACAAAACACCACAAUACACAACUCAACACAACAUAACAUAACAUAA